UCGACGAUGGUGGCUCUUAAAAUGCCGUCGGGGAACUCAAACAUUCUCCCACCAUUAUACGAAGAGCUUCUUCGUUUCUUCGCUGGACACUAUGGUUUUCGGAACGCCCAGCCUUCGCACGCUGCUGACGGUUUCAUUGCUUGGGGUAACGCAGGUGGUAUCGGGUGCGAAAAGCGAUGGAUGCUACAAGGAUUUCCUGAAGGAUUUCAAACCGGACAACGGAUACCCAAGCCAUAAACACACGAUUGGUGAUCGCUCUGUGCGCACUUUCUUGCCUCCAAACUACCAGAAAGACGAGCCUAAUCCUCUCAUUCUUGCCUUUCAUGGCCGAGAUAUGUCUUCGAGGGGAAUGGAGGUAACGACGGGCCUUAGCGAUGGAGAGAGGAAUCCCGAUCAUGUGGUCAUAUAUCCAGCAGCUAUAGAUGUAAGUCGCGAUCUCUUGGUUGUUCAAUGAUCAUCGCUAAUCCAACCCAGGGGAAAUGGCUCUCGGAUCCAAUGCGGCCGAAUAUGUCAGAGGUCG